UAAAGGAGUUAAAUCCUGUGGCCCAUCCUGCUAAGAUGAAAAUUGAAAAGGCCCAUGAUCCUGGGCUCUCUCGUCUUUCCUCGACGAGAUUCCCAAACCGCUCCGCCGCCGCCGCUCGUCAGCCUCCGUUCCAACCGCCGCGCCGGCGACAUGCCGCCCAAAGAGCUGCCGGGGUUCUACUACGACCCAGAGAAGAAUCGCUACUUCCCCAUCAGGGGCCCCAUCCCGGGCGCUGCCGCCCGCCGCGGCACGCCAGCGCCACCUCCGGCCGUGGACACAACGGGAUGCAGCAGGAAAAGGGCUAGGCGGCCGGAGCUGCUCAACGCCAGGGAGAUGUACGGCGGCGGAGUCAUGUUCUCCAAUAAAGCCGCCAGGUCCACGUUCAAGCAGCAGUGCCACUACGCGCAGGCGUCUCAGCCCAUGGUCUGGAAGUACCAAGCCACCACCUCUGUGGCUGAUAAGGCGCUCGAACAAUUGGACGCCAUGGUUCAGACACCGCAAGGGUUGAAAGAGUCCAGGCUGCUAGUCUCCGGCAGCAUGAACGGUUCGAUUCGGUUAUACGGAUUAGGGACUGCUCUGAGUAACUUUGAGAAUGAGGCAGAGUUUUUGCCCCAACCUGCUUGUACUCUUGUGGGAAAGCACAAGCCAGGACCACUCCCCAGCAUUUGGUCACCUGGAACAGGCUUCAUAGCUUUCUCAUCCAGUAUAUCAUGCAUAAAGAAGCUCGGACGUCAUGUCCCUGAUGCAUCGAACACCAAUUCAUCAGUUCAGCGAGCAUUGGUGGCUACUCUUGGAUCUGGAGAAUCUCGUGCCUCUUUAUAUAUUAUGGAUCUUUCUGAAGCUGUUGACUUGGCAAUCGGACCAUGGACUACCUACAGAGUUCAUUCACUUGAUCGAACAAUGUGGACAGCUGAUUGUAGUUCUGAUGGCACACAUGCAGCUUUCGGUUCGGACCUUGGUGCUGGUCUGAUCGAUUUGGAAACAAGGGGAUCAUCAUGGUUAUGUCGUUCUAAAAGCGACAUUCUUUCCCUGAAAUUUGUGCACUCGGGAAAAGUUGUGCUAUGUGGUCUACGGAAUGGGAGUAUAGCCCCUGUUGAUGUACGGCAAAAACAGCAUAAUCAGCCUACUGGAGUAGCUUCAUCUAGCAAUGCUAGGAGGACAGUUCCCAUGCUGCCCACAAGACAUGGUGGGAAGCAAAGAAACCAGGCUAGCAAGGAUAAAUUUUCAAGAGUUAUUUCUAUGUCGUCAGCAGUUUGUAGCUUGGUUUCACUCUCAUCAGAUGAGAACUACUUCUUAGGAAGCUCCAUGGAUGGAUCUAUCAAACUCUUCGAUCUUCGCCUCAUUCAGAAGGGAGGUAUACAGUCGUACGAGGGGCAUGUGAACUCACACACACUUUUACCACUUGCUGUUGAUCCAUCUGAGACCUUACUUAUGUCAGGUGGGGAGGACUGCACUGUUCGCAUAUGGAGCAUCAAAACAGGCGAGCUAAUCUUUGCGCGGAGCAUGGGAGACAGUCCCUUCACGUCAUCUUGUUGGCCCGAAAGCAGCCAUGGCUUGUGCAGUCCUUGGCUGUUUGAUGUAAACCACAGCUGGGGAGCUUGGUUGGGGUCACGUGCUGGGUUGUUCUAUAUGCAUGGUACUUGAGUUAUUCUGCACUACUACUUACGUUACUAAAUUGGAGCCUUGGAGUCUAGAGCAAAAAAAAGGUGGCUGUAUUCUCAAGAAACAUGAGACCACUGAGCUCUGGAGUGAAUGAAGGACGUCGUCUUUGGAAGUUACACAUCACCUAGAGCUAGGGUGUCCAGUCCUUGGUAGGAAUUAGACAUGUUUCUCUUAGUGGUGGAUACUGUCUAGCUAGGAAGAGAGUCUUGAGGGAUUGAUGGACGCAUGCAUCUUCAAUUCCUGUGUAUUGUAUUACUACAGGUACAAUCUGUAAUGUUACACACUGAUGAUGAAUUGAUGAUGGCUGAUGAGCAAACAUACCAGGCAGCUCUGUCGAAGCCUGUUGCUGAUGGUUCAACAUUUCAGCAACAGCACAUGGCAAAAAAGAAAAGAAAAACUCUUUCUGGAUUCCUAGCAGACAAAAUCGUUGUCCUUGUUGAACAUGGUCAGGUCUAACUCCUCCCAGUUGGUUCGCAGGGUGAUGAAAAAGAGGACGCAGUUCUGGCAGAGGAGGCCGCAUAUCUGCCCCAUCCACAGCCCCUGGACGACACAGACAUGCAUUGUUAAUUUGGUACAUUAACAUUCAUUAAUUAUUUGGUACAUGAACAUUCGUUCAGAAUAGAACACAUACUGUACCUUGGUUUGGAAGCCGAGCGUGAAUCCGAAGAGGAUGGCGAGCGGCAAGCCGAUGACAUAGAAGGCCACCAGGUUGGUCCACGCCGCCAGGUGCUGCCACCCACAGCCCCUGGCGACGCCGCAGAGCACCCCCUGCGUGGAGUCCAGCACGACGGAGCCGAUGAGCAGCGGUGUCAUGGAGGCGAAGGCGCUGACCACGACCUCGCUGGUGGUGAAGAGGCGCACCCAGAGGUCAUGGCCGAGGCCCAGGAGCAGCAGGAACGCCACCCCCAGCAUCAGGGACAGCGUCAGCGACACGGUGAGCGCCUUCUUGGCGUUGGCGAUGUUCCGGGCUCCCAGCUCGUUGGAUACCCUUGUGCUGAUGACAGCGGCGAAGCCAUAGGUGAUCAUGUAUGAUAUGGCUUCGGUGUUUUGGCUGCAACCGAACAUGUAGAAAUUACCAUUUUAUAUAUUGUUUGUCGAAUUGAA